CAACCAUGUAAGUAUAACUCUCACUUCCCCCUUAUUCAUCUUUUCCUCCCAAAACUCUUUCCUUUUCUUCAAUUCGCCGUAAACCCACAUCCAAAAACAUCAACAAACACUAGCUCACCAAGAACCAUCAACACCAUGUCCGCCCUUGCAGAGUUCACGGUUAUGUUCACUGCUAAUCCAGGACUGGAACCCAAUUACCCUCCAGAGUACAAGCAAACUAAAGCUUCUUCAGCAGCCCAAGCACCAGCACAACCAACACAGCAACUCACGCUCCCCACUGCUCCAGCACCUCCAACCACACCUCAAGACGCCGUUACCCGAGAAAACGUCAGAAAAUCCGCACCAAGUCAACAUGAUUACCCUUUUAUCAGUACUGCAGCACCUCAGGACACUCAAAUUGAACUUGCCAAGCACUUUUGUGCCAUCUGGUGCUACGGAUACGAGAGGCUGAUGGAGGAGAGAUCUGCGGAUGGGAUGGAAUGGGCGUGGGACGCAGAGUAUUCUGCUGGUGAUUUGUUCAGUCAGAUAUUGUAUGGAAUUACAGGAGUCAUUCAAGCGCAAUGA